CAAAAGUAGAAGAAGAUAAGGAAGCCAGGCACGGGCUUUGUAGGUUCAUCCUGUUAUUGUUGUGAUUUUUGUUCUGUCUUUGUCAGCAGGAGCCAGCACUGCUGCUAAUUAUGCCGAUUGGUAAACAGUAUAUUAGAGCUGAUUGAGAUUCACAGUCUCUGUGUCGUCAUAAAGUGUGAGAUGUUGAGCGUGGAGUCGUUGCAAGUGGCUGAGGAGGAGGUGGUUGAAUCCAGCUCCAACAAACUCGGGGAUAUUUACACUUUUGUGACCAAAGGCUGUUUUCCUCAGACCAUGAAUCCUCUACGAAAGAAGAAUCUCAAAAGAUACGCCCAGAAAUUUAUCACUGACGAGGGCAAGCUGUAUUAUGUGGGACCCAAGAAAGAAGAAAAGAGGGAGGUGGUGAUUGAGGCUGAGAGGAAGAGGCAGAUUUUUCUCGACUGCCACUUCAACGACAUUGGCCAUCACCUGGGCCAAAAGAAGACCGUCCACAGGAUCCAGAGCAAGUACUACUGGCUGGGGAUCAUCAAGGAUGUGGUGGACUGGAUCAAAGUGUGUGAGACCUGUCAGCAUACAGAGAGGAAUAAAAAUCUGGCAAGGACAGUUCGGCCCAUAAAAGUGGAUGCACCUUGGGAUGUUGUUGGGAUUGACAUUAUAGGUCCUUUCCCUGAGACUCAGCAAGGCAACAAGAGUAUUACAAUUGUCAUUGAUUACUUUAGUAAAUGGCCAGAGGCUUUUCCACUGCAGAAGACAGAUGCUCUCUCAGUUGCGAGAUGCAUCUCAAAAUGUAUAUACAGGUUCGGUGCCCCUAAAACGAUCGUGUGCACACAGAACGCUGAAUUCUGUGAUGAGGUGACAAAGCUGCUGUGUGAAAGGUGGAGCAUCGUGCAGAAGGUUUCUCCUCUAGAUCAGCCUCAGCUCAACCCGCUCCAUGACUGCACGAGUCCGUUGCUAAAGGAAGCCAUAAUGCAGAUGAUAACGGAGAAGCAGGCAGAGUGGGACGACUUUCUAGACCCUGUGCUGUUUCUCUUCAGGACAUCCACAAACCCUACGACUAAGUUCACUCCUCACUCCCUCAUGUUUAACAGGAAAGCCAAUUUACCAAAUGAGACCACACUGAACCUGUUGAAUUAUGAUGAACCAGAGCAGGAUAUGUAUUCCACAAAGGAGAAGGCCUCUACUUAUAUGACCAUAAUACAGGAGCAACAGAACUCUGUUAAGCAGCUGGUGAUAGCCAAUAUGAAUGCUGCCUACAAACAAGAGAAGAAGAAGAAUGCCAAACGCAGAGCACACAACGUCCCCUCUAUCACCUUUAAAAUUGCAGAACCCCUGUUUGCUACAGUAGACUUGCCCUCCCCGAAAAAAGCGAAAGAGAGUUUAUAUUUGUCGUUUCCUGUUGAGACGGUCCUGGCCACUGAGCAAAACAGCUCAGAAGACACAAAGACAGAGUUAGCGUAUCACUUGGCUGAGUCUGGUGUCCACUGAGGACUUAGGUAAUGAAGAUAUGUUGGUGAAGUGCGACUGCAUGUCAUCAUGAGCUGUCUGAAGUGUUGGACAAAGACUGAAAUCCAGAUGAUGGUGAAAUGAGUGUGACGAUCAGUGCUUGUAUUGCCCUCAUCAACUGAAGGCACUAGUGUGGGUUGAUGCUUAGCUUGUCGAUAAAUCUCUUUAGAAAGGAAUCCAGUAGCAAAAGAAGCUGCAGUAAUCAUUGGCCCACAUGUGCUGUUUUCCCCCGAUGUCCCCACAGAAAAGUGUCGCUUCUAAUGAAAAUAAUGUUAACUUAUUGUUUUCACUUUGUCAUACAACAGAUUUUUAAACUAUGUUAUUUUAAAAUAAAUUUAUUAUUUGUGUA